CGGAAGUGAGCGUCCCAGCUCCGUCUCUCCUCCAGCUAAUGCUAAUGGCCCCGGAACGGUAAUAAAGCUGCACUCCGAAGAUGGCCGGGGUGUUUGAGGUGGAGGUUGAUGGUGUGGACCACGACCACGGACUGGAGCACCACGAUGAAGCGAACCAGUUUGACGUGUCCAAGCUUUCACCAGAAGAAAAGUGGAGGGUGGAGCAUGCAAGGAUGCACGCCAAACACAAAGGCCACGAGGCCAUGCACGCAGAGAUGGUGCUGAUCCUCAUUGUCACCCUGGUCGUCGCCCAGCUCGUCCUGGUGCAGUGGAAGCAGAGACAUGCAAAGUCAUACAAUCUGGUGACUCUGUUCCAGAUGUGGGUAGUUCCUCUCUACUUUACCACCAAACUUCACUGGUGGAGGUUCCUGACCACAUGGUUUAUCUUCUCUGUCGUCACAGCCUACAUCUCCUACCGUGCCACUCGCAAGCCACUGGCCUGCACCACGCCAAGAUUGGUGUAUAAGUGGUUCCUUCUUCUGUACAAGAUAAGCUAUGCCACGGGAAUCGUUGGCUACACUGUUGUCAUGUUUACACUUUUUGGUAUUAACCUAAUAUUCAGGAUAAAGCCGGAGGAUGCCAUGGACUUUGGCGUGUCACUGCUGUUUUACGGGCUUUAUUACGGGGUCCUGGGAAGGGACUUCGCAGAGAUGUGUGCAGAUUUUAUGGCUUCAACUGUUGGGUAUUACAGUGCAUCCGGCAUGCCCACCAAGCACCUCUCUGACAACAUCUGUGCUGUGUGCGGCCAGCCCAUCCUUGUAGAUGUCAGCGAGGAAGGCAUUAUUGAGAACACGUACAGGUUAUCAUGCAACCAUGUGUUCCACGAGUUCUGCAUAAGAGGCUGGUGCAUCGUGGGGAAGAAGCAGAUGUGCCCGUACUGCAGAGAGAAGGUGGACCUGAAGAGGAUGUUCAGCAACCCCUGGGAAAGGCCGCAUGUCAUGUACGGACAACUUUUAGACUGGCUUCGGUACUUGGUGGCCUGGCAGCCCGUAAUUAUUGGAUUUGUGCAAGGCAUCAACUACGUGCUGGGUUUGGAGUGACGCACAACCGUAUGUCUGAACUGGGCAUGCACGCCAUGCAGAGAAGAUAUGCACUGGCUCAAGAGACUGAGGGCCUAAUAUUAAAACUAAAAUCGUCAAUAAAAAAAAAAAAAAGUGUCUAUACUUUUUGUACAUAUUUAUA